UAAUUUUGGUGGACCUGGCAACCCUGCUGGGGAUCACAUGAUUGUGGAAGUUAAAGAUGGCUCCUGUAGCAGAGGAACAUUUCAGCUCUCUGCAGCUCCUGUUAAAGGCUCCAUCCAAAGAUGUGGUGCGACAACUAUGUGUGGACAGUUUCCCAUCCAGAGCACACGAGUCUCGGGUUCUGAUCGACAGCACUGCACAGACCCUCUCUGUGUCCAGCACUGAAGCUGCACAGGUGCUGACAGCAUUUCACACGCUCUCACAUCACGUUGUGUACCAUAAUUUAACAGCAGCAGAACAAAUUCUCUCUGUGUUCCCCGACACUUUCCACCCUAACCUCAAAAAUCUCCUCACGAAGAUCCUGCUGGAACAGAGUACGACGUGGCGAAAUGAUGCUUUGGCCAGUCAGAUUUCUUUGCCACAGCUUGUAGACAUGGAGUGGAGGGUGGACAUGAAGACGGCCUCAGACUCAGUGAGCCGCAUGGCUGUGCCUACUUGUAUUUUGCACAUGAAGAUCCAGGAUUCACCUUGUAUGAGUGGCAGUGCUUGUGACUCUUCAGUCACUGUGGAGCUGAGCAAAGAAACUCUGGACACCAUGCUGGAUGGCCUGGGCCGCAUCCGAGACCAGCUGUCCGCUGUGGCUGGAAAAUAGACCCAAUCAGACAUUUUGUAGAAAAGUCCACAAUUUACCAGUUUAAUUAGUAGUUAACUGUUAAUCAAGCCCGUAUCUGAUCACCCUGUUUGAGUGCAUGUGCCACAAAACCAAGACUAAAGCAUUUUAAAGCAGGACUACAUUUUCAAGUGAAAAAAAUCAACAGAGAUUUAAACAAUAGUCUAGGGAUCCUAACAUGAAGGUUUUGGGGAAUUUGUCCUCUGCCAUUAUAAAAUCCCAUUAUUGCUAAUACUGUGCCACAAUCAUGUAUACAAAUACAGUAUGUGUUUUUUAUAUAUGUGAUUGCCAGGGCAGCACUGACUGUCAUGACAAUAUUUUUUUUUUUCAAUAUAUUAAUUAUAAUACUAAUUCAUUGUCAUCAAAUGUAAUUUUUUUGUUAACAUAAAGUUUAUAAAUUCUCUGAACUUUUAAAA